AUGACUGAGACCGAGGUCUUGCUGCUUGCCGCACUUCAAGAGUCCCACAAAAGUAACGAAUACCUCACAAACCGAAACAUCGCCCUGCAGGCAGGGAAUUUGCUGAAUGAGGUGUAUUGUGUGAAAGCGAAGGGUGCGCUUCAGUUCCAGGAGGAGAAGAAAAAGAAAAAGAAGCGGCAAGGGACUCUUCCAGAUGGUUUACCAUGUGUCUUGAAAGGGGAUAGGUUCUAUGAGGAACGGGUGAAUUUUGAGAAGGAGCGUCAGGCAGAGGAAAGGGAAAAGGACAAUAGAAAGGACUUACAAGCAGAGUGGAAAGCGGCAAAGGAGAAGUGGCAGCAGGCUGAGGAUGCACGAAAGGAGCUGAAAGAACAUGAGACUGCCAAGUACGAGGAAGCAUUGGCAGUAUGGAAAGCGGUGAAUGAGGGGCAAGGGCGUGGGUGUGGGUGUGGGUGUGGUGGAGGUAAUGCUGGACAAAAGCCAGUUAUGGCCGCAAUUCCGAAAUGGGUACCUCCACCAUUGUUGAAGGACUUUCUAACAGGCUGGACUGGAACAGGGCUUGCAGAGGAGGAGGAAGGGGAACAUUUCACAAGCGAUGAAAGCAACAACAGCAACAGAAAAGGCUUAUGUCUGAUUAUCAGAUCAGGGUGA